AUGACAGGAAUAUAAUACAUCAAAAAAUGGAAUGAAGUUCAUUCAUUUCAUUCAUAGCCAAAUUUGUUAUGGAAUUAUUCUCUUUGGUUGUAAAUGGUAAAUAAAAAAGACAAAGACAACAACUGGAUUGACUAUUUUUGGAAUGGAAUGCUUUGGAAUGAUUAAUUCCAUAAAAAAUUCCAUCAAUUCCAAAAAAUUCUAAUCAAAAUACAAAGCAAAACAUUCCAAAACAAUUUUGAUAAGGAAUAAAUGGAAUGAAUUCAUUCCAUUUUUCUACUGCAUUCUAUUCAUCUUAUUCUAUUUCUUUCUAUUCCUUGUAAUCCUUUCUUGAUUUACCAGUUACAACCAAAAUGGAAUAGAGAGGAAUGAAAUAAGAUGAAUGGAAUGUAGUAGAAAAAUGAAAUGAAUUCAUUCCAUUAAUUCCUUAUUAAAUUAUUUUUGAAUGUUUUACUUUGUAUUUCGAUUAUACCUUUUUGGAAUUGAUGGAAUGAGCAUUUCAUUUCAUUCAUGUUAAAUGAUAAUUUUUUUAUGGAAUUGAUGAAAUUGAUCAUUCCAAAGCAUUUCAUUCCAAAAAUGGUUAAUCCAGUUGCAACCAAAUCAAACAAUUCCAGUUGCAACGAAAGCAAACAAUUCCAUAACAAUUUUGUUAAGGAAUAAAUAGAAUAGAUCUAUUCCAUUUUUCUACUGCAUUCCAUUCAUCUUAUUCAUCUACUCUCUAUCCCAUUUAUCCUAGUUACUGCCUAAAAGUUUUAUUCUAUUUUUGGAAUAUGUGGAAUUAAUUUUAAAAAGUUUUCCAUGUAACAUGUAAAUAUUUUUUGGAAUUCUAUGGAAAAAUAAUUUCAUUCCAUAAUUUAGCAUUCCAGUUGCAACCAAAUAACACAUGGUAAAUUGAAUUUACAAGUGAAAUAAAACAACAGGGUGAUCUGCAGCUAUUCGUCCGGUUUGGUGAUAUGAUUCAUGGCCUCAUGGGUCAUUGAACGGCCACCACCGUUCGAAUUGUAUGCAUGAAAAAAAAGGUGAUCAAAAAGUAAACAUUCGAUCAUUGGACGCCUCCCACGUCAAGAAAGAUACUUGGGCCGGUCUAGAAUAGACCAUAAGAUAGCCCUGAGAAAAAUUAAGCUCAUAAGACAGCACAGAGCAAAAGAUCCAAGCUACGGUAUUCAAAAAGAUGCAUUUGUUUCUGCUUUUACUUGCCCUUUAAGCCAUUUGACCAAUGCUAAUUACUGGAAUUUUCAUAUCCUAAGUUUCUAACAAAUAUGUUACAGUUACACUUGUGCUUUCUUUCUUUUUUACUGCUUUCUGAGUACUUAGAAAGUUAUUGAUCUUCCAGAGGAGAAAGUUUUGAUUCAACAGAGUUUUCUUCCAUGACAAGGCUUCAUAUCAUAUCUUAUGGCUCUGUUUCUUCCUCAGAAUGAAUUUCUUAAACCGGAAAGAAUCAUUAUUUUUGGCCUGCAGUUCACAACUUUUCACUGCUCUUUAAAUUUUCUUCAGAUAGUUAGAUGCGUUGAGUUUAAACUCUCUCUGACAACAAAAUGAGUUAAGGAUUUAGUUAAUCAAACUUAAGAAUGCUUCGUUGGCUUACACUUUCGAAAUUGGUGGAGAGAAGAUACAGAAAGAUCUUGUUUUAUCUUUUUAUCUCAACCACAAUUAAAUACUUCAUCUUCUUUUCAAAAACCCUUAAGAAAUUGAAUUUCAAAUUGGAUACUUGAAUAAAUAAUUGAAUUUCUAAGGUGAUGUAAGCCAUAACCCCUGAAAAGAAAAGAUAUAUAUAAUUCAUAACUUGGUGAUUAUAUAAAAAAAAUAAGAGAUACUUGGAACCUACUCCAAAUCUAUAAUCUAUGACUUGAUAAAGAUGACCAAGAGUGAAAGCCAAGACCUAACUGAUGCAUGAUGUUAUUAUCCACUAAUUUAUUUGUGUUUGUCAGCUUUUUGAACAUUUCCCAAUUCGGGUAAACUCUUGACUUUACUAUUUAAGCAAAGACAAAAGCUCUCAAGCUAAAAGCACAAAUUUAGAAAGAAUUUAGUUAACACAAAAACAAAAAUGGAUUACAAGAAGGAAGAAACGCUCCGUAGAGGUCCAUGGCUCGAAGAAGAAGAUGAACGGCUAGUGAAGUUCGUUACCCUUUUGGGAGAACGUCGUUGGGAUUCUUUAGCAAGAGUUUCUGGUUUGAAGAGGAGUGGUAAGAGUUGCAGGCUAAGGUGGAUGAACUAUCUGAAUCCAAGUCUGAAGCGUGGACCGAUGAGCCAAGAAGAAGAAACUAUCAUCUUUCAGCUUCAUAGUCAAUGGGGUAACAAGUGGUCAAAGAUUGCAAGGAGAUUACCCGGUAGGACUGACAACGAAGUUAAGAAUUAUUACAGGACUCAUUUUAGAAAGAAAUUAGAAGCUCAAAACUAUGAUAAGAUCAUUGACUGGAGGAAAAAUCCAGGAGAAGAAUUGUUUCACAAGUAUAAGGAAACUGAGAUAGCAUGGACAAGGACAACGACUCAAGAACAUGGUUUUGAUAAACCUGUGAAGGAAUCUAAGCAGAAAAAUAUGGAGAGUGAUAAAGAAACUAAUGGUGGUAUUUGCGAAAGAGAGAGCUUUGGUGUUAUGAAUUCACCAUACGAAAAUCGGAUUUCGGAUUGGAUAUCAGAAAUUUCUACAGACCGAAGUGACGCAAAUUUUUUAGAAGACCGUACCAGCAGUAGCAGUGAAAACAAUAUUAAUAUUAACGUUGGUUCUUGGUGGUUUCAAGAGACUAGGGACUUUGAAGAGUUUUCAUGCUCUCUAUGGUCAUAAUUCAAUAAUUUGUGUUCUUGAUUAUGUGAUGAAAACGUCUCUAAAAGUUGAUGUUGAUAUUCGAUUAAAAAAAAAAGUUGAUGUUGAUGAAUAUCUUUCUUGACUUGUCAUAUGAUUGAGUUUUUUGAAUUCGAAAGUUCUAUAGUGAGC